GCCCCGCCCCGGCGCCGCGCCUGCCCUGAGCCCCCCCAUGCGCCGGCGAUGAUGAUGGCGCGCAAACAAGAUGGCCGCACGCCCACCUACAACGUCAGCGUGGUGGGGCUGUCCGGCACCGAGAAGGAGAAGGGGCAGUGCGGCGUCGGCAAAUCCUGCCUGUGCAACCGCUUCGUGCGGCCCGGCGCCGACGACUUCCACUUGGAGCACACGUCCGUCCUCAGCACCAGUGACUUUGGGGGCAGGGUGGUCAACAAUGACCACUUCCUCUACUGGGGCGAGGUGGCGCGGCCGCUGGAGGAGUGCGUGGAGUGCCGGAUCCACGUGGUGGAGCAGACGGAGUUCAUCGACGACCAGACCUUCCAGCCCCACCGCAGCACGGCGCUCCAGCCCUACAUCAAGAGGGCGGCGGCCACCAAGCUGGCGUCGGCCGAGAAGCUGAUGUACUUCUGCACCGACCAGCUGGGCUUGGAGCAGGACUUCGAGCAGAAGCAGAUGCCCGACGGCAAGCUGCCGGUGGACGGCUUCCUGCUGUGCGUGGACGUCAGCCGCGGCAUGAACCGCAACUUCGACGAGCAGCUCAAGUUCGUGUCCAACCUCUACAACCAGCUGGCCAAGACCAAGAAGCCGGUGGUGGUGGUGCUGACCAAGUGCGACGAGGGCGUGGAGCGCUACAUCCGCGACGCCCACGCCUUCGCGCUGGGCAAGAAGAACCUGCAGGUGGUGGAGACCUCGGCGCGCUCCAACGUCAACGUGGAGCUGGCGUUCGGCACGCUGGUGCAGCUGGUGGACCGCAGCCGCGGCAAGGCCAAGAUCAUCCCCUACUUCGAGGCGCUGAAGCAGCAGAGCCAGCAGAUCGCCGCCGCCAAGGACAAGUACGAGUGGCUGGUGAGCCGCGUGGUGAAGAGCCACCACGAGGCCUGGCCCGGCGCCAGCCGCAAGAUGCAGCCGGCGCCCGAGUUCCAGGACUACGUCUACCUGGAGGGCACCCACAAGGCCAAGAAGCUCUUCCUGCAGCACGUGCAGCGCCUCAAGCAGGAGCACAUCGAGCGGCGCCGCAGGGUCUACCUGGCGCUGCUGCCGCAGGCGCUGGACGCCCUGGUGCCGGACCUGGACGAGAUCGACCGCUUGAGCCGCGCCAAGGCCGAGAAGCUGCUGGAGGCCAAGCCCGACUUCCUCAAGUGGUUCGUGGUGCUGGAGGAGACGCCGUGGGACGCCACCAGCCACGUGGACGACGUGGACAACGAGCGCAUCCCCUUCGACCUGCUGGAGACGCCGGCGGGCGAGCAGCUCUACGAGGCCCACCUGGAGAAGCUGCGCGACGAGCGCAAGCGCGCCGAGAUGAGGAGGGCGUUCCGCGAGAACCUGGAGAGCUCGCCCUUCGUCACGCCCGGGAAGCCCUGGGAGGAGGCCAGGAGCUUCAUCAUGAACGAGGACUUCUACCUGUGGCUGGAGGAGCCCGUCUACAUGGACAUCUACGGCAAGCACCAGAAGCAGCUGAUCGACAAGGCCAAGGAGGACUUCCAGGAGCUGCUGCUGGAGUACUCGGAGCUCUUCUACGAGCUGGAGCUGGACGCCAAGCCCAGCAAGGAGAAGAUGGGCGUCAUCCAGGAGGUUCUGGGCGAGGAGCAGCGCUUCAAGGCCCUGCAGAAGCUGCAGGCCGAGCGCGACGCCCUCAUCCUCAAGCACAUCCACUUCGUCUACCACCCCACCAAGGAGACGUGUCCCAGCUGCUCCUCCUGCGUGGACGCCCGCGUGGAGCAGCUGCUGGGCUCCCGCUUCUCGCGGCCG